GUGCUGUCGUGUAUCAGACCAGGUAUCGCUCUUACUCCCCACUGUCACAUUUCCAACCAAAACACGAACUAUGUCAUUACGCCUACGGCUGAUUAUAACAACUUGGGCCCUAGUAAGUGGCUGUUAUGGCCAAAGUGACGUCAUUAAUAGACGUUGCUGUGUGCCGUCUCACUUCCGGUGUACGAUGGACGUGACAGGAGGAUACACAGAUCCUGUUUCAGGAACAACCUCAUAUGUAGAUCGCAAAGUCCGUCUUUACAACGAUUACGAUUUGAACGCCACCAGAACCGACACUGACGUCACCCUACCAAGUGGUGUGACUUUUGUUCACUCGGAGCUGACAUUUUAUGACAAGCAUAUCUCCUACAAAAUAGACGGUGGCAAAUGCCGGACUGAUCAUAUCACCGACGCCAUGCAGGACAAGUGUAUUCCAGGUAUAAAAGUAUCCUUGCAUUUCUUUUACAGAACGACAUACGAUAGGAUUACACAGUUCAAUUUCGGAGAUAUUCGCAUAACCUCAUCAUUUCAAUAG